GAAUAUUGCCUAUUAAUAAAAUAAAUAAAUAAAUUAGUAAAAUAAAAAGAUAAAUAAAUCAAUCAAUCUUUAAAGAAAUAAUUAAAUAAAUCAUUUAAUUAGUAAAUAAAUAAAUAACUAAGUAUUCAAAGAUAAUAAGUAAAUAAAUAGCAAGAUAUGUUCAGCGAUUUUAAUAUGUAUGAAGCCAAGGUUUUCUUGAAAGCUGUGGCUGACGCUUAAAACACCUUUAGGUAAACUGCUCAAUAAGAGAACUAAUUAGCCAGAUAUGAAAGCUAGUCUUAAUCUUUGCUUAACGGUUCUACUAGCGGAGCUAUUUCUAUUACUGGCGAUAAUAUUCAAUAAGGAAGAAAUUUCAAGGCAUUAAAGGAAGUUAAGCUCUUCUAAUACUCCAACGAAAUCUUUAAGAAAUACUUGGCUGGCUUUGACUCCUUCAGUGGCGAUUAUACUGCCUUCAAGAAAUUCUUAAACGAAAGUGUUAAAAAAAUUGAACAAGAUGCUUGA